AUGUCGCUCACGCGAGUUGCGUCGGUCGAUGGCUUCGAGCGUGAGAGAAGAGGCUCUCACGUCUCUUCGCAUCGCAGAAUGAGUUUCAAUCCUGUCAGCGAAUGGAUCCCGCCCACGGACCGGAAACCCAGUCUGGUCUCGGUUGCUCUGCAGUUUGAAGAAGUUUCGAAGCGAAAGCGCAUAGUCCAGGUUGUUGUUGCCAUAAUAUAUUGCCUGUUCGCGGCCGGAAUAGUUUUCGGCUACGCGGCCAUCAAGCCUGUCUUGAUCGAUGAAGGCGUCUUCAAAGACCUGUGUACGCCAGAAGAGGUGGACCAACACGUUUCGCCAUGUUACAAGCAGGAGAUUCGGUUGAACUUGAUGUUCACUGUGGCAGCUGUCUCGACCAAUGUCGCAGCCCUCCCUAUCGGAACCAUCCUCGACAAGUACGGACCCAAGGCCUGUGGAAUCAUAGGCAGCAUCUUUCUGACCACCGGUGCCUUGCUCUUUUCCUUCGCCUCCCAGGUUGACGGUGACCUCUUUACUCCAGGAUACUUCUUCCUGGCCCUUGGCGCGCUCUUCCUCAUCUUCCGCCUCAUUUACGAAGCCACCGGCGGCAAACUGAACACCCACCGCCUCUUCCUCCUCUAUCUCAUCGUGCCUAUCUUCAUCUUCAUCGUCCAGGUCUUUAUAAUGCCAAAGGACUCGUACAAAACUGUAAGUGAAGUGGUCAAGGACGCUGAAGAGCAAGUCAACGCUCCCACCCCACCCGAAGCAUCCGAAGAUGAACGUCGCUCUCUGCAAGAACGAAGAGAAAGUACUAUCCAGGAGAUAUCCUUACUCCUGGACAAGUCGACCAACACAAAACGCCAGAAGAGAGAAGAGCACAAGAACGCGAGGUCGGGUGUGUGGGGAGCUAUGCAUGGCUAUUCCGCCCUUCAACAGAUCAAAUCGCCAUGGUUCUGGCUCAUCACGUGCUUUACCGUCGUGCAGAUGACGCGGAUCAAUUACUUUGUGGCCACGAUUCGGCCGCAAGAACGUUACCUUCUAGGGUCUCCAGAGAGCGCGAAAUUGGUGAAUGACUUUUUCGACGUGGCACUUCCUCUGGGAGGUGUUUUGAGCAUCCCGUUUAUUGGCCUGUUGUUGGACAACACAUCCACACCUUUCGCCUUGGGAUUUCUGGUGGUCGUAGCCACCAUUAUUGGUGUACUGGGCUGCCUCCCUUAUAUGUGGGCGGCCAUCGCCAACGUCUGCCUUUUCGUCGUGUACCGGCCCUUUUAUUAUACCACUGUCUCGGACUACUCUGCAAAAGUAUUUGGGUUUCAGACCUUUGGCAAAGUUUACGGUCUCAUAAUCUGCCUCGCAGGGCUCUUCAACUUCUUGCAGAGUCCUUUGGAUGCAGUCACGCAUAUGGUGUUCAACAAUAACCCGAUCCCUGUCAACGUGAUCCUUAUGAGCAUCGCGGUGAUUGUGGGCUCCGCGCUGGUGACGUUCACAUCGAUCAAGGCGAGGACGAUGAAGAGAGACUUCUUGGAGGAUGAGGCUGAAGGGGCCACAGAGUCCCUGAUGCCCAGUGCCAUGACGAAUGGGAGCGGCUAUGGGACAUGA